UUGGAGGCGGCUGUAUUCCUUCUGUUCUCAAAUUCAGAUUUCCGUACGGACCCGCCAUUGCCAUUCCGAAUGGACCUCACUCCUUCCUCCCGCUUCCGCCACCGGAAAUCCCCCUCCUCCGAGCGCUUCCUUCUCUCCUUCUCUUCUCCCUCCCCCCGCCCUUCUAACCCUACCUCCGCCAACGCCCUCGACGACGACAACAACAGCGAGCUCAACGAGGACGACGUCUUCUGGACUGGCGAUUUCGCCGCCGAUUCUACCCACCAUACCCACUCCACUCCCUCCUCCUCCUCCUCCUCCACUCCUCGCCACCAUAUUCAUCACCUCCAGCAUCACAAGGCCUUCCCCCAGUCUGAGACCUUCGGUAUUCUCGCUGCCCUCCCUGAGAACGAGGCCUCCUCCAGCCUUCGGAACUCCUCGUAUUUCUACCAUAAGGCCUCCGUGUCCUCCUCCUCUUCCUCUUCCCCUUCCUCUUCUCGGAUGAUUCCGACUAUCCCUAAACCUCCUCUUGAGCGGUUGCCCUUGCCGAUUUCUUCCUCGUUGAAGUACCAGUCCGCUCCGGUCAAUGUGCCAAUGAUGUCCAAGGCGGCGGUUCAGAGACACCAAGAGAUAGAUGUGGAUGAUGUUGAUGAAAGUGAUGGGGAGAUGUUGCCGCCUCAUGAAAUUGUCGCCAGAAGUUUGGCUCAAUCGCCAUUGUUGUCUUGCUCGGUACUCGAGGGUGCGGGAAGGACGUUAAAGGGCAGGGAUCUUCGCCAGGUUCGAAAUGCUGUUUGGAGACGAACAGGUUUUCUUGAUUAGGGAUUUGAACUGCUUUAAUUACUUUUGGAGAAUUGAUUUGCUUAGUUCUUCGUCGUUUGACAAUAUUCGCCAGUCUGCGAGUGUCUGGUUCACUUUGACGACUGUUUGUGUCGCUCUUUUUGGAGUAUUGAGGGUCCAGGAAUAUUUGAAUCUGCUCGACACUCAUCGUAAGAAGGAAUUGGAAUUGGAAUUGGAAUUGGAAUUGGAAUUGGAAUUGGAAUUGGAAUUGGAAUUGUAAUUAUCUGAAGGGUGUUUAAGAUUUUACUUUGAAGUUUAUUUGUAGGUUUGAUCAUUAUCUAAGAACAUUUUUCCAAUCUAUUCAUAUUAAAUUCCCGUAAUGUUGUUACAUUAGCACCUACUUUUUCAGUUUAAAGUGUUCAUAUUUGUUCUCUUCCCUUCCAUUACAAUAGUUCAUCCGGAGUUGGUUAUUCUACAUAGAACUAUUGGGUACAAGCCUUGCAAAGAAUAAUAAACUUCGGCAAAAGAAGUCCCAAAUGGAAUGUGUUUAAUUUGCUUCAUUGUUUCCUUUAUCCACUAAAAUAGAGGAUUUUACCAUCCUGGUUAUAAUUGGGAGCUCAAUUAUGCUUAACCAAGUUAUUAAUAUGAACACUAGUUGUAACUUUACCAAAUUCCUUGGACGAACGUUGAAAUGUGUUUCAUGUUUUAUACAUGGUGUUGAGAGGUGUUUGUUUCUGGUUAGUAUUGAGCUUUCUUAUUUUUUUUCGAUACCUCUGCAGGAGUGUGAUAGUCUUGUGUUUUCUUUAUCUGAAUGUGACUAGUUGUGAGUGAUUAGAUGUGUUAUUUAUGAAGGGUUCUUGCAGUGGUAACUAUAACCUUGAUAAAAUUUAGCACUACAUGUCUGUUCAUUGGGGUUGGUAGCAUAGGGACCAGAAUUAUUCGUUUAUGUUCAAUGCUAUUCAUCAGCUCCUGCAUUGGGAGACACAUCCUCUUGAGUUUAUUUCUAUUCUUCUUUUCUUUCCUUUUCUGUGAUCAGUGAUGCUUAAUGUCACAUAUGAAAGGCCUGUAUUGAAUGUAAGAUGGAGUACCUACCGAUGUAGGGAGAGGGAGUAAAGAGGGGAAUAAUUGGAGAGGAGAGUGAAGGAACAUGAGCGAAGCGGGUGAAGGACGUAUGAAUGCUGAGAAUAAAGAGAAAAAUGGUCGAAAGGGAAAAAUGGUGAGGAGAGUGAAGGAACAUAUAAUUGGAGAGGAGAGUGAAGGAACAUGAGCAAUCCAUAAAGAUCUAGUGAAAAUCAAAUAACAUAUAAGGGAAAAAUGGUCGAAACGAAUGCUGAGAAUCAUGGUAUAUGCUAUGAAACUAUUUUCAAGAGUUCAAAUUUUUUUAUUAUUUACUAGAAAGAAUACUAGAUCAAAUGGUGCUCCAAAAUAAGUUCCUGGGUAUUCAUCUCGACAAGCUGCUACAUUAGCGGUGCAUAAACCAUGUUCGUCAACCAAGUUUGUUUAGUGGUCAUAACGUAAUUUAUUGGUUAGGGGGGAUAAACUGGGCCGGGAUUUAAAAGAAUUGGGCAAAGUGUUUGUUCCCAAACGACAGAAGUGGAAAGACACUAAGGGAGAGGGAGAUACUCCUUGAUUUUUGUAAUCACGAAAUUGUACGAUGAACCUUUUUGUUCCAGGUGUACGACCCUGAUACCAUUCUUGGUUCUUUUCCUCAAAUGAACAUCAAGUUACUUUUUAUUAUGUUUCCAGUACGUUAUCCUGUUUUGGUAUGUAGGAAGUUGAGGGAACUAGAGUAGGCUAGGUAUGGCUGCCUGUUAGGGAACCUAUGAAACCUGAAUGCUUUUUAUUUGGUAGGUGCAUUGACUAAAGGAAACAAUCUGCAUGGAUAGAGUAGGAUUUGAUUGAUAUAUAUUCAGUUGUUCUAUUAGAAUUUUCCACUCUUUUCAGUUUAUAAAUUUCUUGAUAGAUCCUUUAUAGUGGUAAUGUUGCAUGACCUACAGAAGUAAUUUGUUUGCUUUCAGUGUCUUCAGUAAACACUUAGUUGAACCGUUUUUCAUGAGAUAGGAACUCGAUGCAGCGGAUUUAACUAGGAAAUUCAUCCCGAGAACGUCGAAGAAAUCCCUCAAAUUUGAGAGUAAACUCUUUAGAAACUCUAUUGAAUAAUAUGAUCAACAGCAAACUAUUACAAUUCCAAGAGGGGGAAUAAUCAAAUAUACUAUUAUCCCACAUCAUUUGCCCCAACUUUGAAAAAGAAUUCAAUGUUUUGCAUCAAAGGUGCUAUGAGUCUGUUCUAUCUCUACUGAGUCCAAUAUCAUUCUGGGGAUGGAUUUUCCACCUACUAUUGCCCUUGAUGUCACCUGCUGCACCUAACAUGUGAAUGGAGUACACCUCAUUUCAGAUUAUUUGUUUGUAUCUUAAUUAUAUUCUUAUAGAUUUGUUAUAGGCCGUGUGAUAGCUUGACUUUCUUCAAAAAGGAGGCCACUCAUCUCUAUGAUUUCUGGACAAUUUUGUUCUUCUAUGUCUCCAUCGUCUUGUCCUGUUCUUAAUUUCCUUCUUUUUUUCACCUGUCGUGUAUUAUUGCUUUUGUCAUAUUUUGGUUGCUGGAAAUUGUGAUGAAAGAGAAGUUAAUAUGCUUGUUUCUUCAACCCUGGCUCCACCAUCGUGUUCAUGGAAGAUUGAAAUAUCAAUCAAAUACUGUGUAGACAGACAACUUUCCUUCUCUAUGAAGCAGCAGUUACUUCAGAAUGACAGCUACAGAUAUUUCUUAACAGAUUUACAAUCUUCAGCACAGGAAUCCAAAGGAGGAGAAUCAUUUUGUUUGUUAAUAUUCUUAAUAGAUUCCACUUGAAGCACGGGAAGAAAGAGGAUCGUUAUUGUUUGUCGAUGUUUUUUGCAUCUGAGAAGCGACACUAUCAAAUUCAGGUUCUUUCUGAAUUAUGGCUAUAUGAAUCUUGACGUGUUUGUUUCUGGACCUCUAAUAUAAUCAAAUAUUUUGAUUGUCCCUCUAAAGGACAUGAAGUUUGGCUGAAAAUUUAGGAGGGGUAAUGGCUGUCAUGUCCUGUCUCAGCUCCCUCAUUUUCAUCAUUAAUACCCUUUGCUUGCCAAGUCUUAAAGAGAAACAAGUUCAGUUGUUUUGAUGAGGCAGGAUGUGUACUAUUUUAUAUUGCAAUUCACAUAUCUUCCUCUUUAGGAAUAAGGUAAUAAAUUGUCUUUUACACUAUAGAUACGUUGGGCUGCUAACGGUAUUGUCAAAUGUAGUGUUAAUAGGAUCGGUUUUGAUGAGGCAGGAUGUGUACUAUUUUAUUUUGCAUUUCACGUAUCUCCCUCUUCAGGAAUAAGGUAGUAAAUCAUCUUUUAUUAUUGUCAAUUGUAGUGUUAAUAGGAUCUGUUUUGUUUUGAUGAGGUAGAUGCGUACUUUUUUGUUUUGCAUUUCAUGCGUCUCCCUCUUUAGGAAUAAGGUAAUAAAUCGCCUUUUGGCAGUAUGGGAGAUACACGCCUUGAAGAGUGAGUUUGAGGCUCUCCAUAUGAAGAAUGGUGAGUCAAUAGACAAAUUUGUCAUGAAGUUGACGACAAUCGUCACUGACAUCCGUUCGUUAGGCACAAGGUGGAGGAGAUAUUCAUCAUCAAGAAGUUUCUUCGAAUUGUUCCCCCAAGAUUCAUGCAGAUUAUUACCUCCGUUGCGCAGUACAGUGACCUUAAGAACAUGUCAGUUGAGGUCAUUGGUCGUUUAAAGUCCCAUAAAAAGAGACUUUGUGGCUAUGACGAUAGAGAGGAGGAGAAGCAUCUUUUGCUCAAAUAUGUGGCUCGCAUGGCUGAAAAGAAAAGAUGUAGUUGAUUCUUUCUUUGUAGGUAAGAAGGAACAUGGUAGUCACAACAAGGAAAGUAAAGGUCGUGGGCAUGGUUGCGGUCAUGAUUGUGAAUGUGGUGGCAGAGGAGGUCGUGACAAUUACCUCGUAAAUCCAUGGCAAUGUAUCAAUAGAAUUCUUGAAUGUUAGAACAGAAAAGUAGUUAGCCGUGAAGAGGUACAACAUUUUCACGAGUAUGGAAGCCUUUUGGAUAAAAUUGAAAGUAGAAUUAUAUUUAAAACAGACAA